AUGGACUUUAUUGUAGCAGAUGUUAAUUGUAUAAUUGCAGUUCACUUUUGGGCUCCAACUUUUAAAUGGGGUAUCAGCAUAGCAAAUAUUGCGGACUUUGCGAAGCCGCCAGAGAAAAUAUCCUACCCGCAGCAAGUUGCUGUUACUUGCACUGGAGUUAUCUGGUCACGAUACAGCAUGGUAAUUACACCGAAGAACUGGAACCUGUUUAGUGUUAAUGUUGCCAUGGCUGGAACGGGUCUUUAUCAACUUGGUCGCAAAAUCCGGCAAGAUUAUUUUGCUGAAGUACAAGAAGCAUGAUGACGGAAAAUAUGGGUUUGAACAUGCCAGGAGGCACGAUGCAGCUGAUUUAAGUCGGGUUGAAUUGUUUGUUUGAAUCUCAGCUUCAAUGCUGGUCUAUUCAGUGUACCGUAUCUUCAUUCCUUUUGCGUGCACUCAGCUGAAAACAUGAUUCUUGAAUAAAGGAGUAUUUCAUAAUCAUAUGCCAUUUUGUUCGUUCCCGUUUUGUUAAGAUGAUGUUCAUCACACUCAUUAAAAAAAAAAAUCCAUGUUUUCUUCA